UAUCAAAAAAAUCAAGAUCGCAUGAACAUGGCAUUACUUAGAAAUACACAAGGAUUACAUGCACCAUUACGCAUAGCAAUGGAAUUAAAAGCUACUGAGAACAUUGGAAGACUUCCAUUUUUAUCGUCAUCUAAUGUGAUGCGAGAUGUUUUACUUGGAAAAGAUCAGAGUAUAGGAUUUGAUGAUAUCUUCAAUACAUCUGAAUUCAGGGAACAAAUGGGACAACCACAUGCCAUCGUAGAAAACCAUCUUGGAAUAUUGUAAAGUUUAUCUUGCAAAAAUUUUGUCUUAAUAAAACAU